GUAAGUUGUCAUAAUUCCAUGUUCCGAGUCCCUCCGCCAAAGAAAUCUAACCUUAUAAUUUAUGCCCCCAACCAAACCGCCAGUAGAGAAGAAAAAAAGAGGGAACAGAUAAGAGGAGUUUCGAGUAAGAGAGCAAGGGAAUAAAAUAUGUCUUUGGUGGACUAUGCAUCCUCUGACGAAGAACAAGAAGAGCUUCAUCAACAACCCCAACAACUUAGCAAAGCGGAGAAACCCGCCUUUAUCGAUCCAUUACCAACCAGAAAUGUUCCUGAGCCCCAAAACCAGAGGAGUAGUUCGUCGUUAAAUAAAGAAGCAUUACACUUGUCAAGUUCAUCGGAGUCCUCCGAACUGAAACUCCCUGAUGCAUCGCUUCUCUUAAAUUCACCCUCAAUGCUUGGUCAUCUUGGGCACAGUACUGAUCAUUCUUCCCGAGUUGCAGCAGCCAUGGCUGAAAAUGCAUCACGGAAGAGGGAUGUAAAUGUAUCAGCUUCCACUUAUCCACGUAGUAAGAUUCCAAAAGGAACUUUGCCUCACAUGAAGAAUGUCCCUGAAACAGGAGGUGGUCUUCUGCUCCCACCUCAACUUACCGGAAGGAGCAAUGUCGUUACAGAAGACAUCACCAAGCUAUUUGUGAGAAAGGCCUCGUCUUAGAUACACACGCCAGUGACGGAAUUCUCUCUGUUGACUUGACUGUAGAUUUAUUUCUGAUUCUCAUAAAAGAUUAACUACGUUGUUGUAAAAGAUCUGUUAUAUUGAUACUUGGAUGGUUGUAUUCACUAACAGUAGUUUUCAUUGAGUUUGAAGUGAUCAACUGCAUUUUGUAUAUAA